AUGCCGCCGCUGCUGUUCACUGGCCUGUUCGUAGGAUUGUGGUGCUGGAAGUGUGCAAUGAUGGUCUUGUUCCAGAAUACCAUUAUCUACAAUCCAUUCUUACCGCCCAAUGCGCGGAGUAUGACCAUUAAUGAGGUUUCCCGUGACUGUGGACGUCUAACGUGGAGGGAAGAGAGAAUCAGGUCGCUGGAUGGCACUGAGAUUGCCUUGUUGGCUAAUACCCUUGAUCGUGUAUCUUAUGGUAGCUUACCAAGAACCCCAGGAAAUGCAUCGUCGCUACCACCAAGACUGCCAGAUCUGUCCUGGAUAAUGCGUCGAGCUCACGAGAGUGAACCGUCAAUCCAUUACACCAUGGUUUGCUUGAGUUACCGAGGCUUCUGGACGUCCCAUGAUCGACCUUCAGAACCAGGAAUAGACCUGGAUUCACAGGCAGCGCUACAAUGGAUAGCUCGAUUACACGAGAGCAAGUCGGAUAAAGGCGACGGAGAAAAGCCAACAGUACUCCUCUGGGGGCAGAGCAUUGGCUGUGGUUUUGCGACCAACCUAGCUGCCAAAGGCGAAUUCCCUCGCGAUCUAACAAUAGGUGGUCUCAUACUCGAAACGCCAUUUACAAACGUUCGAGCUAUGCUUCAAGCGUUAUAUCCACAAACCUGGCUCCCCUACCAAUAUCUUUGGCCAUUUCUCCGAAACCACCUGGACAGCUGGGCCAACCUCGGCAUAAUAGCCAAGAGGUUUCCGGAGACGCCGCCCGGCAUAUUCAUCGUGGAAGCUGAAAAGGAUGAGCUUGUGCCUGCCAAUCACGGCGAGGAGCUGUUCCAGCGAUGUCAACGGGUCGGACUUCCGGUGGAGCGACACAAGGUACGCGGGGCACUGCACAAUGAAGCCAUGGUGAGAGUAGCGGGCAAACAAGCACUUGCGCACUCCAUCGUCACUGCUGUUACACAGGCACGCCGGCAUGAGAGGUGA